AUGCGGGUGCGGAGCCUGGGGGUGUUGAGCCUGGGGGUGCGGAGCCUGGGGGUGCUGAGCCUGCGGGUGUGGAGCCUGGGGGUGCUGAGCCUAGGGGUGCUGAGCCUGCGGGCCCUGUCGCUGGAGGCGCUGGCGCUGGCGGCACUGACGCUGGAGGCACUGGAGCUGGAGGCACUGGAGCUGGAGGCGCUGGAGCUGGAGGCGCUGAACCUGGAGGCGCUGGAGCUAGAGGUGCUGGAGCUGGAGGCGCUGGAGCUGGAGGCGCUAGAGCUGGAUGUGCUUGAGCUGGAGGUGCUGGAGCUGGAGGCGCUGGAGCUGGAGGUGCUGGAGCUGGAGGCGCUGGAGCUGGAGGCGCUGGAGCUGGAGGCGCUAGAGCUGGAGGUGCUGGAGCUUUGGGCGCUGGAGCUGGAGCCGCUGGAGCUGGCGUUGCUGGCGCUUGAGGCCCUGGAGCUGGAGCGUGUUGCCCUACCGUCUUCUCCGGCAUCCUCAUUUCCAGACGUUCCGGACCCAGAGUCUGACCGUGUUCGUGCUGCUAGUCCCACUGUCACGCGUCUCCUAGCCACUGUUGUCACUGACCCUUCUUUUGAGUCCACUGCUGCGUCUGCCUUAGUUGCUGAGCUUGUGGACUUUGCUGCUGCGUGUCGUCUAGACUACGCCACUAGUCUUGUUGCUGAGUCUGAGUCUGUAUGUCCUCCGUCCGUCGGGGGUGAGUGUGCUCUUCGCACGGACGUCCUUGAGGACAGGCAGGAGGACUUUGAGUGUCUUGCGGCUGCUGUACCUCAUCUCGUGGCCAUGCUGCUUGCACCUGAGGGAGACCUGGAUGCACUGGACAUCCCGACCCCGCGCUCUCGAUUACGGGUCCCUACUCCUCUUAGUGGCAGACAGCCGUGGGCGUAG